GAUUGUUUCAUUCCAAUUUUCGUCCGAAUUUUUAUCAUCUCAAAAUGGCCAAUAAAAACAAAAAAGAUGAAAUUGAUGACCGUUUCGCCAAAGUUUAUCAGGAUCCACGUUUUCGAACGUUGAGAAAAAAAGAUAAAAUGCUCAAGAUUGAUAAACGUUUCAAGAGUAUGUUUACCGAUGAUAAAUUUACGUUGAAGUAUUCUAUGGACAAACGCGGAAAACCAAAAAAUCAUCUUAUUGCUGAAGAUUAUAAAGAAUUUUAUCAAUUAGAUGAUGAAGGUAUUGAUGAGCCGAAAGAACAAGAAAAAAUUGACGAAAAAACUGAAGACAUUAUUGAUCGAAAAAAUGAUUUCAAAAUGGCCCAUGAAUUUGGUUAUCAUCGAGGUUUAAAAAUUAAAACUAAUGACAACGAUGAUGAUGAUGAUCAGGAAGGGGAGGAGGACGAAAGUAGCAGCAGUAGUAGUGAAUCCGAAGAUGAUGUUGAUGAUGAAGAACUCGAACAUGAUUGGGGCGAGCUUGACAAAGAUGCCCAACAGAUUGAUCAUUCUACAUCAAGGAUUGCCAUCUGUAAUGCCGAUUGGGAUCGUAUAAAUGCACAAGAUUUAUAUAUCCUUUUAAAUUCAUUUAAACGUAAUACUGGAACCAUUCAUAGUGUAAGAAUCUAUUAUUCAAAAUUUGGUGAAGAACGACUUCAAGUUGAAGAGGAAAAAGGACCUUCUGACUUCAUAUUCGGCAAAGGUCAGAAAGUGGCUGAAAUCGAUGAUGAUGAUGAUGAUGAUAAUGAACAACAAAUAGAUCAACUUGACGAUAAUGAUGAUGGUGAAGAUGAAAAUGAAGAUGAAGAAAUUAAAGAUCCAAACACUGUCGAAAAGCUACGAAAAUAUCAGCUGGAAAGAUUAAAAUAUUUUUAUGCUGUUAUUGAAUGUGAUAGUGCAGAAACGGCCGAAAGUAUUUGCAAUGAAUUGGAUGGUCUCGAAUAUGAAAGUAGUUCGACCUUGUUGGAUAUACGUUUCAUACCGGAUGAUAUGGAUUUUGAUGAUGUUCGAUUGAAAGAGGAAUGUACGACUAUGCCCACAAGUUCGACAUAUAAAGCACCAUCAUUCACCAAUACAGCAUUGCAACAAAGUACUGUAAAGAUUACAUGGGAUGAAACCGAUCCACGUCGUAAAGAAGCAUUCAAUAAAGCAUUCGAAGAAAAUAAUGAAAAUGAUAUCAAAACCUAUUUGGCAACUUCUUCCGAUGAUGAUGAUGAUGAAAAUGAUACAACUACGAUCAACAUUGAUGAAAAUAUGCAAGAAAAUGACAAAAUUAACAAAUAUAAAGAUUUACUUCUGUCAUUAGAAAAAGAAAAUGAAAAAGAAGAUUUUGAUAUGGAAGUAACGUGGGAUCCAAAACUUAAAUCAAAAACGGAAAAUCUACUUAAUAAACGUACGGAAUCUAAUGAUAGUGAUGAAAUAAAUCUUGAAGAAUCGGUUUCCGAAUUAGAUGACGAGAAGGAAGAGAUUGAUUUUCCGAAAAUUGAAAAUUCAAAACGUAAUAAAAAACGACAAAAAAAUAAAUUUGAUGUGAAUGAAGUGGAACCACAAAAUCCAGAAAAUGAUGCAAAUUUAGAAUUAUUAAUGAUGGAUGUGGAUGAAACGAAUAAUAAUUCGAGCGAACAAAAACGUAAACAUUUUAAUUACAAAAAUAUUGUUGAGAAAUACAAUGCUAAAACCAAGACCGAUUCCGUUGAUGAUGAUGAUGAUGAUGAUGAUGAUGAUGGAUUCAAAUUUAAUCCGGAUGAUAAUCGAUUUAGUUCGAUAUAUGAAUCACAUUUAUACAAUGUUGAUCAAUCAGAUCCACAAUUUAAACGAACUAAAGCAUUUGAACAGAUAUUGGCAAAGCAAAAACAGAAAGCACGUCGUAUGGUUGAAAAUGAAUCGGAAUUUAUGAUGAACAAAUCGAAUAUUGGCAAUACAAAAAGUGUGAAUCUGAAUAAUUUAGUCGAUAAAAUUAAAAACAAAGCUAAAGUUCAAUUCAAAAAAGAACGGCCAACAAAAUCGACGAUGAUUAUGAAAAAUCAA